UCACCGCCUUAGCGUGCAAAACAUCAAUUCGUCAAAGUCAUAUAUAGGCUUCAAUAUUGUAACAGAGAUUGAAUCGCCGGCGAUAUUUUGCAGUAUCGCAAUAAUCCAAUUAAUUAAUUGAUUAAUUAUGAAAAUGGGAGUGGAGCGUCUUAUCCUUGCUGCUAUUGUUGCAUCGUCCCUUUUCUCCAUAGCUGUCGCCAUAGCCGGAGAAGCCACUUUCUAUACAACUUAUGUUCCUUCUUCAUGCUAUGGAUUCGCGUCACAAGGUACGAUGAUAGUAGCGGCAAAUUCCCAACUGUUCAACAACAAGGCAGCAUGUGGUAGGACCUGCCGAGUUCGAUGCACUGGUCGAACCAAUCUCGGGGUGCCUCAGCCGUGUCGCAAUGGUGAAGUCACUGUGAGAAUUGUUGAUCUGUGCCCUGGAUGUGGAGCCAAUCAGCUCGACCUUUCUCAAGAGGCAUUCUCCAUUAUUGCCGACCCCAAUGCCGGAAGAAUCAAGAUCGAUUAUAAUUGUUCCUGAACACAGAGUUUUGGAUGCAAAAUCUUGGAUCUAUGUGAAGAAGAAUAAGCUCUCAUGAGCAAAUAUAAAUAAUGUUGUUGUUAUUGGACAAUGGUCGUUGUUCUCCAGAACUGAAGACUAUUCCAUUUACAUUAUAAGUAAGAAAAGUAUUCUCUAGGGCUACGGCUUGUGUUAUAAAAUUCCAAACAAAUAUAAAUAAUUACCCUUGCUCGUUUA